AUGUCCUAUAUACUCAAAGUCCUUCAUCCGCGGUUUUGGACUGAUGAAGUGGUGAGAUAUGGGACUAUUGCAAGUCUCAGAUUGCCGAAAGUGUUGGGUGUGAGAUAUCAGUACGACGACUAUAAACUCUGGCUUGAUGAACAGGCACCAGAUCCCGAGUUUGAGGCUGCUUUACCACCGGAUGAACUUCAACCAGACGUUGCCGAGGGAAUUGUCACUCAAGAUGAAGCGAUACCGCUAGACCUUCACAGCGAAGCGUACAAACAGCAGAUGCGCGACCUCGCUACUUCCACACGACCUUGGGAAUUGGUCAAGGAUCUCAACAUGAGAUAUUUCCCACUGACUUGGGAUUUGAUAGACAGAUUUCACACUAACUAUUUCAAUGUGUCGGGUAAUGUUGUUGAACCGCUGAACGCCAAUCCUAGGUUCAAUUCUAGAGUUCGAAGGCAAGAGUUGAGGGCUUUUAUCCGGGAGACCAAGAUGAAAAAGGCGAGGAAGAGGAAGCAGAAGAUGGAGAAGAAGAAGAAACAGUUGAAUGACUUGCUAAAGAACAAAGGGUCUAAAGUCGGGAAUGUCUAG